AUGUCCGAAGAGGAGAGAUCCGAUUAUCUUUUUGUGAAAAAGGAAGAGUAUCGCUGCAACCCCGGACAAAACGUAUUCACCUCAAAGUCUUCCCUGUUAACGUGGGUCCUUCUUUGUUCCUUUAUGUAUUCUUCUCUUUUCCCAACCCUCUCUUACCCCGUAGAUACUUUGGAAGAUAAUGCUCAAAAGAUGCAGGAAGCUGCUGAAAUCUACUAUUCAAAGCUUGGAGAGCUCAAUGCUACUUCUCCAGAAUUCUGCCUGGUGUUUGCAGGACAGAAGGUGAAACUUGAAGAUUUCUCCAUUUGCUUCAUUCCUGUGUACCGUGAUGAACCUAACUCAAAAAUACUGGUUUUGGUCAAUCCCCAAGACAGAAAGAAAGUUCUGGCUGUUUUCCUGAAUCAUUCCUGGUGGCCAAUAGAAGAUAUCAUGAAAACAUCUGAUCCUGCUAGAGAAGGGCUGAUUAAGGUUCAGUCAUUCAUAGAAAGGAUUGUCCUUUUCAUUCUGAACCAUGUCAUUUUUGGACGAUUGGAGAGAAAUUUGAAUGAUGACAUGUUUUUCUUACCUCAUUCUGCUAAGGAACAUGCAAAAAUUUUCUGGAAGAACGGAGACGCUGCUGGUUUUUACACUCUGAAAAUGAAAGGAAGUCUCUGUGGGAACAACACCUGUGAAAGCUAUCAACUGCCAGUUUUGGAUACUGCUUUCAUCAGGAGAAAAUACCGAGGACAGGGCCUGGGGAUCACAAUGCUGAAUGAUUUCUGCCAGUCUUUUGUGUCUGAAGAUGCCCUUGGGAUAAGCUACCCUAUUUCAGAUGCUAUGUACCGAGUUUGUCGGAGAUUCUUGCUGACCCAUCCAGAGGAGCAAGAACGACUGUGGGAGGUGGAGGCACCAGGGGACUGGGGCCAGCGUCUGAGCAUCUGGCUAAAGAUCCAGCUGGAGCAAGGCCCGUCAGACAGGAGUAGAGCUCAUCAAACAACAUCAGAAGAGAAAGAGGGCUGUCAUGCAAACAGAUCUCAGGAUGAUGAACACAGACAGUUAGAUAAUGGAGAAAUGAAUAAGAGCAAAGAUAGUAGGAAAACAACACAAGAAACAAAGAAUAACUAUGAGCUUAUAGUAAGAGAAGGCAAAGAAGUCACUCUGCAGUUAGCUGAAGAAGAGGAUUUUAAUCAAGAUUCUGUUAAUACUCCACUUGGCCAGAACUCCAAGAGGAGUUCAGAAGGAGCAGAUCUAACUGACUACGUGGAUGCAAAACAUAUAAGGCCCAAUCCUUAAUUUACUAUAUAAUUUCCCCCCAAAAAUGACAGAAUCAAAUCUCUUACACCUCAAAAACCUAGCAAGAAUUGGAUUGUUUCUUGAUGAGGAACUCAAACUGUGUCUUUUCUUCUCCUUCUCUGAUGUUUUGGUAAUUUUGUUCAUUUGCAAACAAAAUAUUAUAUUGGAGUAGGUACCUGUUUCCCCCCAUUUAUAAAAUUAUUUUAUUGGGCUGUAGGUGAUGUCAGGAAGUAAUUUGGGGUUUGUAGGUAAUGAUGUAAGAAAAUAUUUAUUUUGAAAUCUCAUUCCUGUUAAUACUGGGGAAAGCACCAGAGGAUGAAAAGUUAGUCAAAUUAAUACAAUGAUCUUUUUUCUCAAAAAAAUUUUUACAAAUUUUUUCUUCAGUGAACUUUCCAACAAAGAAACAGUCUCACAUAUGUUCUCUCCUUGUUUCUGUGUUCUGCCAUCUGUCUAACUCAAGGUGUAAAGGGCAGGGUUUGCUCAAAAUCUGUUUUUAUUUUUUUUUUGCCAUUGUUGGCACUAAAUACGUGCUUUUAUGAUGAAAACCUUAAUUGCCUGGCUUUCAGGGAGUAAAGUAUUCCCUGAGAGAGAGAACUCCUACAUAAUUCUCUUGUUCUCUUUUGUGAAGGUGGAUGAACAAUUUUAGAUCAACAGUUGGCAGAAUUUCCUAAAUGAACCUGAGGACAUAGAAAGAUGCAUUUUAUUUCUCUGAAAAAUCAACUAGUUUACAAAUGAAUGGUUUAACUCCUCUUAGAAUCAGGUUUCAUGCCAGCAAUAAUAACAAUUCAGACUGCUUUCCCCUCCUUCCCUCUCCAGGGAAGGGUGAAUUCUGCCCUGGUAGGCCAGUUAGGAGUUAGGUGGCAAGAGGAGAAUGGCGUCUCCCUGGAUUGGAAUUAGUGGGUGUGGGUGGCUGGUAAUCUUCUGUCCUGAGGCUAUUUCACUUCCCAUCGCGGGAUAGUUGCAGGAAGACCAUCCAGCUGGUUCCUGAAGCUUGAGGGCAGGUGGAGAAUAAUUUUCCCUUUAGCAAGCCUUGCCAGUGAGGAUAUAUGAGUAGGGUGCCAUAGUCUCCCGACAGUUCCCCUUGUGGACUCGGGGAAGGCACUUUAUCCAAUGUCAAGUAAGAAAUUGAACUCCUGUCUGAUAUAGAGCAAGGUCACAGCCAGAGCUAGGUCCUUGUUUUAAAGAAAAAAUUCCCAAGGAGACCUGACAGGAGAAUUGCAGGGAAGGAAGCACAGAUUACAAACCUCACAGUACAAAGGAACUGAUCUCAUCUGUGCUUCCCAGGCACCACUGAGACCUUCUGGGAGGAGGCUAAAUCUUCUGCCAAUAGUGGGAAAGCUCUUUAUUCCUUGGGGGUGGCGCCAAGUUUUCUUGCAGAAGCUAGGAGAAGGUAGUUGGCUGGACUUUGACUUUGUGCCCUGUGCAUGUCUGCUUUCUCAAAACCAGUUAGAAGAGAUCUCUAGGUGGCAAAGUAUCUUUCUGUUUAAGCUAGACUUGGGGUAAAACGGAAGCUAGGGCGAGUUGAUUUGGAGGUUAUUUUAAGAUGAAUGCUGUUUCCAGCCAUUUUCCCAAGCAAGCUCUCUGGCAGGCAAAUGGCAGAAAGAAUAGUGCCUUUACAUCAGAUUACCAGUUUGGCCCUUGCAAUCUUGCAUUUUGGUGACUUUAAAUAUUACCAUGUAAAUCUCAACUUUUGUACUUUAUGUUGUUAUCCUUUGCCAUUUAUGAUACUGAUUAAAUCUGAACUUUGAUCUUGUCAUGUUUAGGAAUCUGGUUUGGCUAUGGUUGCAGAGUUAUAAACUAGAAUCCUGACUGGAGUUUUUAAUCCCAUAAUUCCUUAGAUCAGAUCAAACCUAAUGUGGCCAAUUAUUUUAGCACCAGUUCAGUGGUAUAAAGGUAGAUGUUCUCAAUUCCAGUCUCCGGAGGGAAAAGCAUCAACGUUUAAUGCUAUGAUAGUAUUAUACUAUCAUAGUAUUCAGAAAUAAAAUAAACAAAAAAAUCUUUACCUUGCUACAGGUGUAGGGUGAAGGAAGCAGAAGAACAUAAAGGGAAUUUAAAUUUGGGGGCAAAAUAUUUUAGGACCAAAAUUUAAGAGGUAAAUAUGGCAUUCAGUGUAGAUUGUUUAUUAUGCACAAUGUCCAGUGGAGCCCUUAAUGUUUAGUACUCUGAUGUGUUAACAGAAAAAUAACUGAGGAUGCGUCUCUGAAGUUAUGAUGCAAUAAAAGAAUUCUCCCUGAGGAAAAGUAACCGAUGUCUCAGUAACACUUACUUUUAUGUUAUGCCAAUUGGUGCCUUUUGGUAUUACAAAAGAAGGCUUCUGGAGUUAAAUGAAACCACCUUCUGAGUGCCAAUAAAUUCCAUAGGUUCAAUGUCAGGACAAUGAAUAUUGCAUUAAUCAUGGCUCAAUUAAGUACUAUCAACAAUCAGCAUUCAUCUGUUAUUCACUUAGUAACUGAUAGAUUUAUUUGGUAAAUAGUAAUUCUUUUUAAAGAUCAAAGAAAUCAAUUGUAGAAUAAGUGGUUUUACUUAAGAAAAAGGGGGAAGUGGGAAUGAUGGCGUGAUUGCCAAUGUUACUGAAGAAAAGAAUACUAUUUAGCUCUUUGAUGAUAGAACUACACAUGUCUUGCAUUAUGAAAGAUUCCUUUGGGACCAAGGACAUUUACAUAUACACACUGGGUGCUCAAUAAACAUAAUUUUUGUUGCUGAUGCUCAUGAUGGGUAUAUUUUUGUCC